UUCCACAGCAACACCUUCUCCAAAAUCCACUGAGCAGACAACCACAAACAGUGUUACCAGCCUUAACAGCCCUCACAGUGGGCUACACACAAUUAAUGGAGAAGGGAUGGAAGAAUCUCAGAGCCCCAUGAAAACAGAUCUGCUUCUGGUUAACCACAAACCUAGUCCACAGAUCAUACCAUCAAUGUCUGUGUCUAUAUACCCCAGCUCAGCAGAAGUUCUGAAGGCAUGCAGGAAUCUAGGUAAAAAUGGCUUAUCUAACAGUAGCAUUUUGUUGGAUAAAUGUCCACCUCCAAGACCACCAUCUUCACCAUACCCUCCCUUGCCAAAGGACAAGUUGAAUCCACCUACACCUAGUAUUUACUUGGAAAAUAAACGUGAUGCUUUCUUUCCUCCAUUACAUCAAUUUUGUACAAAUCCGAACAACCCUGUUACAGUAAUACGUGGCCUUGCUGGAGCUCUUAAGUUAGACCUGGGACUUUUCUCUACUAAAACUUUGGUGGAAGCUAACAAUGAACAUAUGGUAGAAGUGAGGACACAGUUGUUGCAGCCAGCAGAUGAAAACUGGGAUCCCACUGGAACAAAGAAAAUCUGGCAUUGUGAAAGUAAUAGAUCUCAUACUACAAUUGCUAAAUAUGCACAGUACCAGGCCUCCUCAUUCCAGGAAUCAUUGAGAGCUGGAGUGCAAUGGUGCGAUCUCGUCUCACCACAACCUCCACCUCCCGGAUUCAAGCAAUUCUUCUGCCUCAGCCUCCCCAGUAGCUGGGAUUACAGGCAUAUGCCACCACACCUGGCUAAUUUUGUAUGUUUAGUAGAGACGGGGUUUCUCCAUGUUGGUCAGGCUGGUCUCAAACUCCCAACCUCAGGUGAUCACCCGUCUCGGCCUGCCAAAGUGCUGGGAUUACAGGCACGAGCCACCGCGCCCAGCCCUCAAAUUGAAUUCUUAAUUACCGUAAGGUAAACUUACAGAAAUUCAGCAAAACUAAAAUUAAGAGGAAAUGAGAAUCCUGAUUUUGUUUAGCUUUUAUUUUUUAGCUCUUUAAUGUACUUAAAUGUUGUCUUUGUAUAAAAUCAGUCUGGGGCUAAUCAAAGCAGAAUAGGUUAUCAUUUAAGUCUUAAAUGUUAUAUGUUUCUUUACUACGAUCCUUUCCCUAAAUCACUUUGCUUUCUAUUUUUCCCUAUCCUUCAAUUGAAUCACAUUCUUUCUUUUUUAGGACUUGCUCAUUACUGUGGACUCCAUAAGAGCCUCUCUCUCUCUAAAUUCUUCUGUUCCAAGUGCUGCCUUUUGAAAAGGCGAAGGAACAAAAAUUUCCAAUGUUAAAAAAGUAAAGGCAAGGAGAAAUCACAGUUUUGUUAUUCAUCAUCAGAUAAGAUUAAUAGAACUGUCAGUUUUCUAAGAUUUCGGUAUCACACAAAAUAUAAAAUAUAAAUUCUGGAGCAGAAUUUAUUCCAGAAGCAGACUGACUACUUAUGGCUUAGUAUUUACUCUUAGCAACCUUAUCUCAGACCCCUUGUUAUUUGCAGGAAAUCAGUAUACUGCCUUUUUUAAGAUGAAACUACCAAACUAACAAUACAUUGUAAAUUUACAGUCUAAGUGCCAGUGUAGUCAGUGGCAUUGAAGAUGAAAAUUUAUCUGCUGAGUAACAACUAGCCUGAUACUCCAUAGAACCAAGGCUCUGUAUUUGGAAAAACUGUGCUUCCUGAGCCCAAGAAUCUCAUCUUCGAGGGGGAGUGGGUGAUAAUAGGAUGUGAAAAGAGACCAAAAAGAAGGGUUACAGUGUGAGAUAGUAAGGGGGAAGCUUGAGAUUUUCUUUUAAAAACUCGUAGCUCAACCACUUAAAUAGCUUUAUGACAUUAGACAAACUUCUCUGCGCUCCUUUUUUCCCAUUUGCAAGAUAGAGAUAACCUUUCUCCCAGGGUUGUUAGGAGGCUUACUUGGCAUAAUGUAUAUGAAAUAGCAAAUACAUGGCUCCUGUCUGGUUCUUAUUUUUUAUUUGCUUUUAUUAUAUUAUUUUUGUUUGGCCAUGUAGAAGGACAGUUGAGUUUGAAGUCUUCCAAUGGUAUCUACAGAGUUUUAGGCAUUAUUUUCCUGUAAGAGACCUUAUUUUUGAAGCCCUACUUGGAAAACUUGUUCAGUAAGAUCUGUACCUUUAGAAGUGAAUUGUAUGGGACAUGAGGAGGGACAAAGAGAGGAGCAGGUGCUGUUCAAGAGCUAGAGACAGAGUCUGAAUUAUAUUCUCUCUUUGCUAUGAUCUAAAUUUUUACUUGCUACCUUCCCUGGUGCCCUAUACAGGCACGCAUGCACACAUCGAUAGCUGUCCUAACCUUGACACACAGCCACAGGCUAAAGCAGGGGUCCCCAACCCCUGGGCUGCAGACCAGUAUCAGUCCUUCGCCUGUUAGGAACCGAGCUGCACAGCAGGAGGUGAGCAGCAGGCAAGCUGGCAUUACUGCUUGAGCUCCAGCUCCUUUCAGAUCAGUAGUGUUAUUAGAUUCUCAUAGGAGCAGGAACACUAUUGUGAACUGCACAUGCAAGGGAUCUGGGUUCCUUGCUCCUUAUGAGAAGCUAAUGCCUGAUGAUCUGAGGUGGAACAGUUUCAUCCCAAAACCAUUCCCCCCGCCCCUCCCCCUAGGUCUGUGGAAAAACUCGUCUUCCACGAAACUGAUCUCUGGUGCUAAAAAGGUUGGGGACCGCUGGUCUAAAGCAAUGUUUUUGUUUCUAAAUAAGUUAAAUAAGAAUUGUUGAAGCCAAGCUGAGAGUGCAAUCUUUGAAUAUGAUACUUAAGGAAUUGACCUACAACUAUAAAAUUGAUAUUGUUUUAUAUUUGUUAAAUAAGCUAACAGGUUUUACAAAUGUUUUUAGUCAUUCCCCACCUCCCCACCCACCACCAGGUUAAUAUACACGGGUUCUGAUACAUAACAAUACUUUAACAUAGUAACGUAUAAAAUAGCAAAGAAAUAGAAAAUAAGGUAAAUUAAAUAUGUUAGUACUUAUUUGAAUUUUAGUUGUGUAUUGAUUAAGCUACUAUAUGCUAGGCACUGCCCUAGGUGGUGAGUAGAUAAGUAGAUAGCAGGAAUAAAAUAGAUAAGACCUUUGCUUUCAAGACAACACUCAGUUGCUAAACCCAU